UGUAAAUCGCAACAUGUCUGGAUAUAAUAAAGUUAGGGGUGUGUGUCGAUUCCAAUUAGCUCUUUACAUUUUAUUACUGCUCAUAAUAGAAAUUAACUGCAGGAAUAUAAUACAAAGACUGAACAGAGAGGUUGAUCAACCAGAUGAAUAUGAUUCCAAUCCAGAAACUAGGAGGACAGCAGAGGAUCGAACCGAAUCGAUUAAAUAUAGAGAAUAUUUAGAUAAUCCUCAGUUCCUGAAUUAUGGAAGCUACACUCCUCAAAGUUUCCAUUAUGUGAAUUUUCAAGAUGUAUACACACAUCGUAUGGAACGUUAUGAAGUUUGUGUCGAUCAAUAUAUCAAGUGCACAUAUAGUUUAGAAGCACCAUCACCGGUUUGCGUAUAUAAUACAAAGAGCAGGAUUUAUAGCGAUCGAUAUACUAGUUUUGAAACCUACUGCGAUGCCUAUAUGGAAAACUGCAGGGUCGGAUUACGAUAUUAUCAGAUAGUGGCAUAUGGAGAAUGUGUAUUCCCAAACAUGAUAAGACAUGUGGUGAAUGGUAUUCUGGGCAAGCACGUCGAUACGAAUCAUGUGAAGAUUGUUGAUUCAGUACCAUAAUGUUUUUAUUUUACACUAACCGGGGCCUAUCCUUGGGUGCAUUUCCUUAGUGCAAACAGGGAUAGUCGCCGCUUUUUGUCCCAUUGCAUUUAGUCCGCUAGGCAGUUUCAGUGAUUGACGAUUAUUCUGUGUUAAAUGCUAUAAUAAAAUUCCAGAGGAAAUACAAUGAGACAGAAUUUAAAUAAGUAUUAAAAAAAAACGUUAUGUAGAAAAGCACACUACACACUUAAUGAUUAUAUAGGAGUACACUUAAUGAGGAUAAAAAUGCUUGGAGGCAGGCUAGUCCGGCUCCACAGGAUAACGAAAUACA